AUGCUCGCGACACACGAUACAACCGCGCUCGACGCCGCGAUCGAUACGGAAAUCCGCGCUGCCCUCGCUUCCCUCCGAACCGAGCUGGAGCUCAAGCUCGAGUCGUCUACCGCCAUGGCUCAGCCCCAGUCCCAUCCUCUCGGCUCACACGUCCACGCCCUCGCUAUCGGCAUGGUGGAGGACCUCACGGGCUUCUUCGUCGCGGCCGACACGCUCGAGAACGCGGCAGCAGUCACGGGCGACGACCUCGAGGACAAGGCGCAGUACUGGUGGUCGCCGUCCGAGUGGGGGUGGCAGUAUACUGGCGGGACGGCGCCGGGGAUUGUCACAACAGAGAUUUGGGCACUAGCCAAGGGCUUACCAGAGGGAGCGGAUGACGAGAACGAGAAUGGCGAGUACGCCGCGCUCGCCGGGCUGUACGAGGAACGCAUCAUACUCUGCCUCCAGCGCCUACGUGGCGAGGGUGAGCUGCGGAACGUACAGGGAGAAGAGCUGUGGGUCUGGGUCCACUAUGCGGACGCGUCGAACGAGAAUAUCGACGACACGAGCUUUGCACGACUGAACGACCGUGCCACGGCCGAGCUGUUCGGGAAGCGGUGGGGAGGCGGUCUGUCUGCCGUUCUCGAGGAGAGGUUUGCGGUUCUACAACCUGAAGGAAGGGAGACGUGA